AUGGAAAAGUGGUGUUCCUUCAAACAAUUCACACUGGAAGCUUUAGGAAUAUGCCUCAGUGGUGAUGGCAGCGGGGGUGUGCCAAUCAGGGCAGCUGCUACACCAGGCAGCAACAGUGGGAGUGACGGCAGGGAGCAGGAGCCUGGUUUGGAAGCAGCAAGUGGGAGGCAGGGGAGUGGUGGCAAAGAACCAGCACGUACUAGGCAUCCCGGGGCGCUGCAGGGCACAUUAUUCAGCUCACCUCCGCACCCCAAUCUACACCACCGGAGUCCCCGCCACACGCUGAGGGGCCGGAUAAGUUCAGUAACUCGCUCCGGCUCACCUAGGAAGUGGCGUGGCCACCGAGGCCGGAGACCACCCAGCCCUUCCCUCCGCCCGCGUGGCCAAGGCAAGAAGUCGCCCGAGAAGGCGCCCCGCCCUCGGCAAACUUGCUCUCUCCCAAGCUGCUGCCCCCAGCCCCACACGUCGGGAGGACAAGGGGGCGCCCAGUCCCACACCGGGUCUCGAAGACGCCGCGAGGGCCGGAGCCGCGCCCCCACCCUGAGCGACGCAGCGGGGCGGCCCCCGGGCUUUCGGUCUUCGCGGCAGAUUCAGCCGAACGCCCCCACGCAAGGGCGGAGCGCCACCCGCCCGCCGGACAGUCCGGGGCCGCCGACGGAGCCUCGCGCCCGCGCGUCCCCUCGCGCUGCCCGCGCCCCGACACGCAGCCACAGACCUGCGGCCUCAGCCGUCCUCGAGCGCGGCUCCGGAUCAGGAAGGGGGGCAGCCGGCCGGCCGGCCGGGGGUACAGAGGGCCGCGGGGGCGGGGCCGCACUACGGCCAGCAACGCGCCGCGGGGACAGCCAGUACCCAGCAGCCGCGGAGCUUUGUGCUGCGCCUUGGAAAUGGGGGGCUGAAGAGAGUCACCGCCCCGGGGAGGGGGCGCGCCGGGGAGGCUGGGCCACUGAGGACGCGCCUAUAGGUCCCGGGAGCCGUCCGUCAGCACGGGCCACCUCCCCCUCCCGGGGCGCCCCGCCCCGUCUCGUGAGGCGCCGGCCGGAAGGAAGCGGCGCAUUUCCGGCUGCUUGGGUGUACUGUCGGCUGAGUUCCGCUGCGUCCCGCCGCUCCCGGCACACCUCGAAGAGCCCUGGACCUCCGCCACCGACCGAGGAGUCCGAGGCCACCUUCGCCCACGCAGACUCCCGCCACCCCCAGGCCAGAGCGAGCGGCGCUGCUCGGGGGAAGAGGGCCGGGAUGCGAGUAAGGGUGGCCUCAGGUCGGACCGCGGGGUGGUGA